CCUCCGGGUCGCUGAGCGCGUAGCGCCGGAGGCAGACGGGACUGCGGGGCGCUGGAGGAGCUGAGGGAUACUUUGUCCGCUUUCCGUUCGUCUUUCUCCCCAGCUGGGAUUGGAGAGUGGCAGAGAAGAGGCCUGAGCAGGGUGGGGGCAUAGACGUCCUGAAACAAAGCUUCGGAUCUACCCCAUCCCGCUUGGAACUUUGAUUCCAGAUGGCAAAUUCUAUGAAUGGCAGAAACCCUGGUGGUCGAGGAGGAAAUCCCCGAAAAGGGCGAAUUUUGGGUUUUAUUGAUGCUAUCCAGGAUGCAGUUGGGCCCCCUAAGCAAGCUGCAGCUGAUCGUAGGACUGUGGAGAAAACUUGGAAACUCAUGGACAAAGUGGUAAGACUGUGCCAAAAUCCCAAACUUCAAUUGAAAAAUAGUCCACCUUAUAUACUUGAUAUUUUACCUGAUACAUAUCAGCAUUUGCGACUCAUAUUGAGCAAAUAUGAUGACAACCAGAAACUUGCCCAACUGAGUGAGAAUGAGUAUUUUAAAAUUUACAUUGAUAGUCUAAUGAAGAAGUCAAAACGAGCAAUAAGACUUUUUAAAGAAGGCAAAGAGAGGAUGUAUGAAGAACAGUCACAGGACAGACGAAAUCUUACAAAACUGUCCCUUAUCUUCAGUCACAUGCUGGCAGAAAUCAAAGCAAUCUUUCCCAAUGGUCAGUUUCAGGGAGAUAACUUUCGUAUCACAAAAGCAGAUGCUGCUGAAUUCUGGAGAAAGUUUUUCGGAGACAAAACCAUUGUACCAUGGAAAGUAUUCAGACAGUGCCUUCAUGAGGUUCAUCAAAUUAGCUCUGGCCUGGAAGCAAUGGCUUUAAAAUCAACAAUUGAUUUAACUUGCAAUGAUUACAUUUCAGUUUUUGAAUUUGAUAUUUUUACCAGGCUAUUUCAGCCUUGGGGCUCUAUUUUACGGAAUUGGAAUUUCUUAGCUGUAACACAUCCAGGUUAUAUGGCAUUUCUCACAUAUGAUGAAGUUAAAGCACGGCUACAGAAGUACAGUGCCAAACCUGGAAGCUACAUUUUCCGGUUAAGCUGCACUCGACUGGGACAGUGGGCCAUUGGCUAUGUGACUGGGGAUGGCAAUAUCUUACAGACCAUACCUCACAACAAGCCUUUAUUUCAAGCCCUGAUUGAUGGCAGCAGGGAAGGAUUUUAUCUUUAUCCUGAUGGGAGGAGUUAUAAUCCUGAUUUAACUGGAUUAUGUGAGCCUACACCCCAUGAUCAUAUAAAAGUUACACAGGAACAAUAUGAAUUAUAUUGUGAAAUGGGCUCCACUUUUCAGCUCUGUAAAAUUUGUGCAGAGAAUGACAAAGAUGUCAAGAUUGAGCCUUGUGGGCAUUUGAUGUGCACCUCUUGCCUUACAGCAUGGCAGGAGUCAGAUGGCCAGGGCUGCCCCUUUUGUCGCUGUGAAAUAAAAGGAACUGAGCCCAUAAUCGUGGACCCCUUUGACCCCAGAGAUGAAGGCUCCAGGUGCUGCAGUAUCAUUGACCCCUUUGGCAUGCCAAUGCUUGACUUGGACGACGAUGAUGAUCAUGAUCGAGAGGAAUCUUUGAUGAUGAAUCGKUUGGCAAAUGUUCGAAAGUGCACUGACAGGCAGAACUCACCAGUCACAUCACCAGGAUCCUCUCCCCUUGCACAGAGAAGAAAGCCUCACUCGGACCCUCUCCAGAUCCCACAUCUCAACCUGCCACCAGUGCCUCCUCGCCUGGACCUAAUUCAGAAAGGCAUAGUGCGUUCUCCCUGUGGUAGUCCAACUGGUUCACCAAAGUCUUCUCCUUGCAUGGUGAGAAAACAAGACAAACCACUCCCAGCACCACCUCCUCCCUUAAGAGAUCCUCCUCCUCCUCCACCUGAAAGGCCUCCCCCUAUCCCACCUGACAACAGACUGAGUCGACACUUCCACCAUGUGGAAGGUGUGCCUUCCAGGGACCAGCCAAUGCCUCUUGAAGCCUGGUGCCCUCGGGAUAUGUUUGGGACUAACCAGUUGGUGGGAUGUCGGAUCCUGGGCGAUGGCUCUCCAAAGCCUGGAAUCACAGCAAGUUCACACACAAAUGGAAGGCACAGUAGAAUGGGCUCUGACCCUGUGCUCAUGCGGAAACACAGACGCCAUGACUUGCCUUUAGAAGGAGCCAAGGUCUUUUCCAAUGGUCACCUUGGAAGUGAAGAAUAUGAUGUUCCACCUCGGCUUUCUCCUCCUCCUCCAGUUACUACCCUUCUCCCUAGCAUAAAGUGUACUGGUCCGUUAGCAAAUUCUCUUACAGAGAAAACAAGAGAACUAGGAGAGGAAGAUGACGAUGAAUACAAGAUUCCUUCAUCCCAUCCUGUUCCCCCAAAUUCACAACCAUCUCAUUGUCAUAAUGUAAAACCUUCCAUUCGGUCUUGUGAUAAUGGCCAUUGUAUCCUGAAUGGAACACAUGGUACAUCUUCAGAGGUGAAGAAAUCAAACAUCCCUGACUUAGGCAUAUAUUUAAAGGGAGAUGUUUUUGAGUCAGCCUCUGAUCCAGUGCCAUUACCACCUGCCAGGCCUCCAACUCGGGACAAUCCAAAGCAUGGUUCUUCACUCAACAGGACGCCCUCUGAUUAUGAUCUUCUCAUCCCUCCAUUAGGUGAAGAUGCUUUUGAUGCCCUACCCCCAUCCCUCCCACCUCCUCCACCUCCUGCGAGGCAUAGUCUCAUUGAGCAUUCAAAACCUCCUGGCUCCAGUAGCCGGCCAUCCUCAGGACAGGACCUUUUUCUUCUUCCUUCAGAUCCCUUUUUGGAUCCAGCAAGUGGCCAAGUUCCUUUGCCUCCCGCAAGGAGAUUACCAGGAGAAACUGUCAAAUCCAACAGAACAUCACAGGACUAUGAUCAGCUUCCUUCAUCUUCAGAUGGUUCACAAGCACCAGCCAGACCCCCCAAACCACGACCCCGCAGGACUGCACCAGAAAUUCACCACAGAAAACCCCAUGGGCCUGAGGCAGCAUUGGAAAAUGUCGAUGCAAAAAUUGCAAAACUCAUGGGAGAGGGUUAUGCCUUUGAAGARGUGAAGAGAGCCUUAGAGAUAGCCCAGAAUAAUGUUGAAGUGGCCCGUAGCAUCCUCCGAGAAUUUGCCUUUCCUCCUCCAGUCUCCCCACGUCUAAAUCUAUAGCAGCCAGAACUGUAGAUACCACAGCGGAAAGAAGUUGACAAAUAUUCCAGGAGUAUGGAAAGAGGAUUGAGAUGGAAUUCAAGAGGGAGAGCAUCUCGGGAGGGAGGCCAGAGUGCAGCUUCACAGAAGUCUGUUACUUGCUCAGGAUGUUGAUUCUGCGGCUUCCUUGUUUUUGCUAGCCAUACUUUUAAAUCAGGGUUGAACUGACAAAAAUAAUUUAAAGACGUUUACUUCCCAUGAACUUUGAAUCUGUGAAAUGCUUUUCCUUGUUUACAAGUUGACGAAGUUGAAGUUUGUUUUUGUUUUUGAUACCUGUACUGUGUUCUUGACGGACCCUUUGUAGAGUGGUCAGGUCUGCUGUAACAUUUCCCAUCAACUCUUGCUGUCCAUGUCAGCAGCUAAAGCACCUCUUCAUUUUGGUCUCUGCCAUCCAUGCCCCAAGCCCAACCCCUAGGUCCAGUUCCAUUUCCUCUCAUUUACAAGAUGCUUUAAAGGUUCUGAUUUUCAACAUAUCAAACUAAUGCAAAAAAGAAAAACAAAAUGUGUAUGGUCUUCACUACUGAGUCUUUUCUUUGGAAACCAUCACUGUUGACAGAUGGGAAAAAACCUGAAUGUAUAAAGCAUAUAUUUGUCAAUUAACUGCCUUUUCUAAGGGUUUUUUACGUAAUAUAGAGGAGAUUCUCUUGGUAGGUUUUGUAACCUUUAAUUUUCCACAUGUUCUGUCUCUGUCAUCCCAGGGUGCCACAAUGCUGUAAAAAUCAAAAAACAUGAGAAAGCAACUACUGCAGAUGUGAGAGACAUACACUUGCACAAGACAAUGCCAUACUGAAGUAAUAUAAUGAGGUCCCCUGAUACUUAGCCCUGCAUUACUUUCAGGAAGCCAUCUCCCCAAAAUAUAUUAAACUAAAAAUAAAAUCAUGGACAUAUCUUUUCCAAAGUGGAACAGAUUUCAUUUCCUAUUUGUGCGAUCAGACCCUGGUUUCGAACAGCCAUGGGAUCCACUUCACACUGCAAUGGGAUUAUUAAAUCUUUGGUGCACUGUUAAGUUUCAGUGCUACUGUGGCAAUGUUUUUGCAAAAUUCUUACUAAUUUCUCUUUCCAAAUUCGGGUUCAUAUUUGAUUUGUAGAUGCGAUCAUUGUUCCACAUUGCUUCAAUCAGUCAGGUAAAAGAAAUUAAUAUAAUUUUGCCUUUUUUCAAAAUAGGUUUCUUCAGAAACCAUGUUAUUACUUUUAAUAGAUCUAUAAAUAUUUAUUGAGCAUCUACAAUGUGCUUGGCACUAUUAGGCACUGUGUUUUUAAGCACAAACUCUCACAGGCUGAUUCCAAUAUAAUGGGUUUGUUGUUUUUUAUAUGCAUUUUUGAUGGCAGAAGUCUCUGAUGGACAAAACCUGGAAGGUUUCCAUUAUAGCCUCAGGAUUUUCCAAUAGUUUUUUUUUUUUUUYCCCCCAUUCCUAAUGAGAAGUUAGUGAAGAAAUGAUACAGACAAAACUCUCCCUAUAUAAAAUGCCUGAACCCACAGAAAGUUUUCUAACUAUGGACAAAUUGUGGGUUUCUGCAUUUUUCUACCACUCCAUUCUUAACUUCACCCAUCACUUUUGUGUUGUAAAAAAAAAAAAAAAAAAAAAAAAAUGCAUCAGAGAGUGAGACUCUCCUCAGGACAUGAUAGGACAUCAGCUAGGUCUGAUGAAACUAAAGUUGUACAAGACUUGUGCAGACCGGCAAGUUGACCCAGGGCGGGGAACUCGCAAAUUCCUUUGCAAAGUGACACACACCCUUUCUUUACAGUCUGGCUUUCUUGAGGACUCACAGGCCAUGCAUAGUUUGUACUCUUGUAUGAAUUUCUUCAGAUGACUAAGCUGGUUAUGUCCCUAAAGGGGGAUUUUUAAAUUUACCUUAGAUGCUGUUCCUUUGAGUAAAUAGUACCAUUUUUUUACACUUUUAGAAUAGCAUUGACAAUUCUCUUUUGCUUUGUGAACUCCAUGUUAUGAGUUUUAACUUGUUUUUUCAGUUUUUGAUGUCACAUUGGAAUAGCACUGUAUAUUUGGGGCUUUUUAUGACUCACCAAUGAUAGGUGAAGUCGAAAAGCCAAAAGUUGCCACUUUUUUUGUGAUAAUGUUUUAGAGAAUGAAGUAAAAUAAGAACAUUAGGAAACAGUACAUUCUCAUUCAGUUUUCAAGUAAUAAUGAAAAUUUUCAGUGAGAAAUUAAAAAGAAAAGACAAUGAUAUAGUAAUUUUGGACUUGAAAAUUUUUUGGAAGGGGACUUUUAUAGUUUUCUAGCCUCCAUCAAAAUCUCUAUGCAUCUUGUACUCAGUAGCAGCCAUUAGUUUUUUCAUUAAGUAAAAUAAAUCAAAAAUUUAUAUCAAAUGGAAUAAGGGAAACUGUCACACUAUGGUGAAAACUCAUAGCUACACGUUGCCUAUGAUGUCAUGCUCAUAAAGAAUUUUUGAGGAGAAAAUUAAACCAGAUUUUUUAUUAUAUAUAGUGACAUCCUGUUAAUAGGAAACGUUCCUAACCUUCUUUCACUGUAAUCCAGUAAGUUAAACCUUUCUCCCAAUUCUUAAGAUUUGGUAAUAUUAUUCUUUAAGCCAAUAUUUAUUAUUCAUGAGAUUACAACAAAAUCAUGACCAAUAUUAACCCCCACAACCAAAUAUCCUCUUUAAAAUCCUGACAUUUCUGGGGUAGAACAAUUUAUCAUAAUAUUUCAGUACAUUUAUCUCCAUAAUCUGUUUUGGGUUUAUGUUCCCCUAGAUAUCUGAUAAUCACAGCCAAAUUUUCUAGAAUUGAAUCAAAGCAUUUUAUGCUCAACUUAGAAUUCCUUCCAUGAAUGCAGCGACAAGACCUUUAGCUCUGCCCCGUCUGUUUCUCUGCCCACAUUGCAAAUAGUCUUAAUGAUGGAGCCCCAAUUGUAACCUCAAAGGGCUCAUUUGUUAACUUGGUAUUUCAUAUUAUGAAGACACCUUUGCAAGUUGUUUUUGGUGUGUGAACUUUUAAAUUUUUCAGUUCCAGAAGCAUUUCCUGGACAUAUUUUUUCUUCUUACAUUUUCAACUUGAAGCUUUAAUUUGCACUGAAUUAUCUAA